CUGACAUCCAAUUGUUGGAGUUACAUAUUUUCAAGUUCAUAGGGUAAAUGUCAGGCGGAUGUUUUUGACGUAUCCAAAAACAAAAUUAAAACUCGCAGGACCCCUGAACUAUAAUACACGAAUACACGCGCGGUCGGCACGUGAGAAACGGAAAUAAACUGUCUGCGUUUUCUCCCACCAAGGCGGGCUCUGUUAUUCACGCGAGAACGAGAAUGCGCGAGAAUGCCUGGUGCGGAGAAGAAAAGCCGCGCGUCGUCUCUUGGUGUCGCGCGCGAGUGAUCGUCCUCCGGCGUCGUCGUUAACUUCUCCUCCGUCGGCGUGUUGUAUUUUGUACACACCAACGUAUGGUGUCAUGCACGGCCCGGAUAGGCCCGUGUCCACUGUGCUGCGCGUUCCGCUACCUUUCGCCAGCGCUGCCGCUACGUAGACGGAGGCGCCGCGGGGUGGUGCACGCGGGACGAGGACUAUGAGCGCGUUGUCGUCGACGACCUGUCGUGUAACGUCUGUGACGACUGCCGUCUGUAGGAUCGCGGCUCUGAAUCGUCGCCACCGCGGACGCGAGGCCACGAGAAUGACUUAAGCGUCCAGCUUGUCACUGCCGGAAUCGUAACGCGGACGAUAAGGAACUGUCCUCGGGACACGAUGCAGAGUCUACGUCGAAUGUGCUGGCUGUUUUGGGUGGGUCUACCGAUGCUCGCAGCCUACCCUGUACCUUCGCCCCUCGCCGCUGAUUCAGAAUAUGCACGUACUUCCUGGCAGUGGGAACAUUAUUGGAUGCGUUAUGCGAUUGCUCUGUCGAGCGUUACUGCCACAGCAUUAACUUUGGCUGGGUGUCUUUGUUGCCAAAGGCACAGAAGACCUAAAGGAUUCCAGGACAAAGCAGAAAAAUGCAAUCAGGAAUUCAAAGAUGGAAGCAGUACGGGACAUGAAAAUGCAUUUGAUCAGUCCGUCGAAGGAUUGGAAUUGGACGCCUCCAGGACGUUGGCUGCUUCUGAAAGAAUUCAAUUUGAACCCUUACCAGUGGAUUCAAUCGUAUCUGGAACUAAAAGUACUCCAAAACAUAAAGCGAUACCGUUGUCAGCGCCGCGUAUCGAGGAUCAAGAUACGGAUCGAUCUAUUCUACAGGAGCCAUGUAGCGAAUGGUUCAACUCCGACGAGCUUUACGUUCCUAGAGAGAAACUUAAAUACCUUAGAGAAAUAGGUCACGGAUGGUUCGGAAAAGUUGUUGAAGGUCGGGCGGAUUUGGAACAGUCGAAAGGCAUAUCGAAAUCGGGUGGCGUGGUAGUGAGAAUUCUUACCGAAGAGGCUACUACCAGAGAAAAGGCUUGGUUUCUCGGCGAGGCUACGCCAUACUUGAAGCUACGCCACCAAAAUGUCUUGGCUCUACUUGGUUUCUGCCUGGAAACCGAUCCAUAUCUUCUACUGUUUGAGUCUUGUCCAGCUGGCGAUCUAAAAGGUUUCUUGCUCUCAAAUCGUGAUAGUAAGUCGAGAGAAACGCUCAUUAAGGAAAACGUUCCGAUACGAAUUGCAAUAGAAAUCGCAUCUGGUUUGAAGCACAUGCACAAUCAUGGCUUUGCGCAUACAGAUCUCUCGGCAAGAAACUGUCUGAUUGCUCCAGACUUAUCAGCCAAGUUAGGUGAUUAUGGUACCGGUGUCGAGAAAUAUCCUGAUGACUACUAUAUAGUAGGAGAUCGAGCCUUACCAAUUAGAUGGUCCGCGCCGGAAAGUUUGAACUGUACGGACACCACCAUCGAAACGCAAGAAAUCACGUUACAGGCCAAUAUGUGGACCUAUGCUGUUCUGCUCUGGGAGAUUGUCAGUUGGGCAGAGAGACCUUACAACGAUAUGAACGACGAACAGGUCAUUCAGAUGAUUCUAUCUCUAAAAAAGCAAUUUUUGCCUAACGGUACGCGAUUGCUACAAAAUUAUCUUACUAAUUGUCCGCCAAAUAUAUUACAAAUGAUUCGCUUGUGUUUCAAUAUCAAUGCGAAAGACAGACCUUCCUUAGACGACGUGAAGCAAAUUCUUCUUAAUGAACAUUCGGCGCACAUGGAUUUCGAGCAACGGUGGGAGAGUCUACGCGCAAAUAGCAAACAGCACGUACGCAGUGCUAGCUUGCAAGAUCUACGUGGUAGUAUUGAUUCCGACUACUGGACUCAUAUAGUGGAUGACGCGCAAACGACGGACUCACUACAGUCCUCGUUUCGUCUUGGACCUGAUGAACAAGUGAAAAAUAUCCCUAAAAUGAAAACUACCACGAUAUUUCAUGAGUCUGGUUCUGAAACCGAAGAGGAGAGCUGGAAAGGCCGAAUCGAGAAGGGCGUUUAUACUGAAAAGGUUAAACAAAAGUCCAAAUCGGUGACAGAUCUUAUGGUGCUUGUACAUAUCGAUCCUGAUUCGGAUGCUGAAUGGUCACUGGGAGCGCAAACGUCGGAGAAGAACAUCAAGAAAAAGGUACCCGUGACUGGUAGCGACAGCGACCUUAGGCAUACCGUGCCUGCGGACGAGUUUGAUGAAACGUUGAAGAAGUUAAGAGAUCCUUUACCGAUCAAUACUACCAACAAAGUCCGAUCUUUGGAAAAUUUGGAACGGCCGAAGCUCUUGACUUUGACUAUAGAUCAGGGCCAGACACCGAUCUUACGUCUCUCCUUGGACAGCACGGAAAAAACUCCGGAAAACAACGAUGUGCAAUUUAAUACGAGUACAGAUAAUAUACAACGCGACGGUGAGAAACACGUAUUAAGACUUUUAUCAAAGGGUGAUCCAGAUCUCCCUCUUCUUCGCUAUGUACCUGACCAAAUGUCCUCCGUUGAAGGAGUAGAUGAAAAAAGGGACGAUCACGAAAAGCACAAUGUACCUCUUGUAAGUAAGGAGGAUAACAAUGAUAUUUCUAAUCGUUUUGUUUCGAAUAAUACCGAGACCAAUAUGAUAGACGUUUUACUUUGGAAUCACGCGUUAGAUUCCGCUUUAGAGCACAAAGUACCAGGCUUCUCGGAUGAAGGGGAAUUCAACGAGUAUAUAGACGCAUCGACUGAGCAAAGUAACGUUAGUGUACCAGAAUUGACUGUAACCACCAGGUCUACACCAGACACACCACCGUUUUGUAACGCUUAUUCGAUUUAUACUGCCGAUGAUAGCUUUUCUAGGAUAGAGAACGCGGAAAUAGAACGAAAACCAUUGCCAAAUGACGAAGAAGAGGAAAGAAAACAGUUAUCUACACCAGAUGAUGAACAGAGCUCCGAUUCCGGUUUUCGGGACAAAGAGUCUUGCGAGGAAGAGGAAGCAAUUUGUUCAGCAUCCGGCAACCCCUUGUCUUCAGUCAACAGUAAUGCGGUUUCCAGAUCAUCAUAUUCCGAAGAAGAGCCAUUCCAAAUUCUAUUUGAGUUAGAUACUAUCCUAGACGCAGAAUAUUACGCCACGCCUGCUGGCCCUGAAUGUAUAACGGAACGUGCAAUUUCCACACCUGACGAGAAGGACGUAUCGCCUUCGAAACAGAAUACUUUUGACUUACAUGAUGCCUCUGUUAAUGUUGACGUUACCAAUUCCGAUCCAAAUACGAAGAAAAGUAGUCCGAAUCGAGUGAAAGUAACACAUGAAUAUGAAGUUUUAGAAGACAUUGAGACAGAAAAAAAAGAAACAACUCCUGAAAAAAUGCAGAAAUUUAAGGCCAAAAGUGAUAUACAUCAAUCGCGAGAUUCAGAAACGGAGACACGCGUUUUAAAAUUGGACACCUUUAAUAUCCAGCGAGAUGAACAGUGCUCGCAGGGCGAUUGCGAGAAUGAGGAUGAGGAUAGUUCGACGAUGAGCUUACGUAGCGACAAUUCGUACGUGUCGUUUGGUAUGGAAGAAGAAUUCGUAACGGCGAUUCGUAACGAACUCAGGGAAAAAUUGCCUCAGGCUCAGAUGCAGAUCGUUGAAACCUUGGAAGUACACGACGACGAAAAUCCUUCCAUCUCUGACGACGCGUACGGCAAACAGUGGGAUGAUGAAGAUUUAUCCAAUCAAGUUAGCGGCGGUGUAGAUAUCUCAAUCAGGUAUAAUGUGUAUGGGACACCACUUAGUCCUAUUCUGGAAGAACGAGAAAGCACAUCUGAAUCUUUAAUGUCGAACUCUAGAGAAACAUCCGUUGCUUCGAAAGAAUCGAUGCCAUCCGAAGAUGUGCUAAUGGUGGACACUCGUACGAAUGAAAUGAUAUUAUUGGAAGGACGAUUACAAGAUGAAGAUCGAGAUACGACGAAUGGCGAUCUGUCUGAAGAGGAGAAUUCUUCACUUGUUCACUUGUUUACUUGUUCAGUAACGCAUCCAUUAGAAGAAAAGCCGCAUAUUGUAAAGACAAGCGGAGGCGCGCCAUUACCGAGCCCUGAGGAAGAAUCCAAAUGGCAGCAGUUACCAUCGUCUUUUCCAUUACCUCUACCAAUACAAGAUGAUUUAAUGUCGACGAGUUUUGUUACUAAACACGAAUGUAGUCAAGAUGAUGACGAAGAGGAAGAAGAAGAAGAGGAGGAAGAGGAGGUGGAAGAGGAAGAAGACGAAGAUGGAGAAGAAGAUGAAGAUAAUAGUUCUAGUUCUGGUGAAUUUGUAUGGAAGAGAUACAAUGAGCCACAUAUCGAACAGAUACGAAUCAGAAGUACUGUGAAUAAUGAUGGAGCGAAUACACCGACGAGUACCGAAUUAGAAGAGGAAUUGGCGGUCGAAGACGAAGAGGAAGAAGAAGAAUUUACACCUUCGGCCUGGAAUGCUGCUUUAGCGCCACAUCGAUCGGCACUGAGGUCUCCGGACAAAACGUUAAAAUCAGGGGAUGAGUUGGAUCAGAAGAAGAGCGUAUGGUUCAAGAAGCAACGCUAUCAGUGCGUGUACGAGUAUCCGAAGGAAACGUUACCUGCGGACAAUCAAGCGGAUCCUAUUACCAACUCGGAACCAACGUCAUAUUCUGAUUGGGAAGAAAUGAUGAAUGAACCACGAUUAGAUUUAUAUCCUUUAGAUUAUGACGAUGCCAAUCAUGUUGGAAACGAAGAAUUUUUUGUGACUAGCUCAAAUCGACCGUUUCAAUUUCAAACUGGCGAAAGUAAGUACGUCAGUCAAUUUUUUCCCGGUGCAAACGUAACUUCAUUGGUUGACGAUCGGGAUGAAACAGAUAGUUGCCGACCGCACCAAAACAACGUUGAUUUCGCGCAUGAAUACGAACAGUGUCAACAACAUCAAUUAGGAGAGUUAAGACACACUAGAGAUCGUUUGAAAUUGAAUUUGGUAUCGUCGAAUGGUACACCGUCUGUCCCGUUUAUUUCUGCGAAACAAUCUCAUACAGACGACGAGCAGUUAGACAUUAAAGAGAAUCACGAAUCGGAAUUUGUAGAGAAAAUCGUCACGCAGGACCGACAAUGUAUCGUAUCGAGUCCAAUGAAUGACGAUAACGCAUUGCCAAAGGUGCCUCAUGAAGAUGUUCAAGUCGGUCCAUCUUCUACAAGAAUUUCUCAGUGUGAUAGUCAAGAGACACUGGAAACCACCGAGAAGUGCAGUGUUUUAGCUCGUGAUUAAAAUGAGACUAAAGUCUGUAAUAAAGUUUUAGGAAAGACAGUUUAUUCCAAGUCCGUCCGAAACAAUCUCGUCGUGAAGAUAGUGAUUCUCUUUAUUAACACACGCGAUCCGAUUGAUUAUCACCGAUGAGAUUAUUACUACGAAUCUCGAACAAAUGUACAUAAGAAAAACGUAGCGGAUAAUUCACAAGGCUAUACAAGUCGAUCGGUUGUCUAAUGGAUCUUGUUAGCGGAAUUGUUAUGACUGUAACGAAAAAAUCGUGUCAAUAUAUAUAAAUAAUCACGACUUUUUAUUAUUAAUAUUAAUAUUAUUAAUAAAGCUUUCUAUCCGCAUAAUAAUUUAGUCGUGAUAGAACAAAGUAACAACGGAAAGACUGUAAAAAGUGGAUAUACGAGUAUUAAUUUUAGACAAUCGAUUUGUAGAAGCUACAUCGAAUUACGAUGAAUAAUUCGUUGCGCGUGUAAAUAAUUAUUGUUUAUAGUAUAAGUGUUAUAAACGAGCAGUAGUGCCUAUGUAGAACAACACGAUUAUUUUUGUGACUACUCUAUAAGAAACUAUAUAAUUGUCUUUCACGUCAUCUUUUUAAUUUUUCUUUGCCAAACAUUCAUUGUCAUAUGUUGAUAUUAAACAUUAUUAACAAAUCUGCUCUCUACAUUAUCAAAGUAUUGUACAGCAAAGUAUGUAAGGGACUGCCAUCCCACUUAUAAGGAUUUGUGGCAAAGAAAAAAUGUGAAAAUAUUUGCACGACUAAUUUUCUAUAUGAUAUAUAUACAAUGUAUUGAUAGACUUUUACUUUUAUUAGAUCUGUGAUGAGAAUAUAAUGCGUAUAUCGAUAUGUUUUAUAUUGGAUUUAAGGAAACAAGAUGAGAGUUCUUGCAUUAUCUAAUAUAUUUGAGUUGGAACUUUGCGUAUAUCGUACUAAUGCGAGAAUCUGUCAAAUCAAAUUGUUUUACUCAAAUGCGUGAUAUAAAAAAAGUGAUCAUAUUACAAAACAUUUGCCUUUUCUAUGGUAACGCAACAGAAAUAUCAAAUAUUUACUUUUAUGUUAACGAAUAACUUUUUGUGCGUCUAUAGUAUAUUUGUUUCACGAUACACAUGUGAAAGUGCAAUACAAGUAAUCAUUAAAUUCAGUAUAGCACAUUAAUAUUUCUAUAGACCUGAGAUACUCGCGGAAACGCGAUAAACAUGGAUACGAUCGCAAAUGCUGUUUUAGAGAAAUUUUUAUAAAUAUUUAUUCGCAACAAUGUAUCUCGUUGUAUUAUUCGUCCUGGACACGAAGAGACUGUUGUAAUUAGAAACGAAUCAAUCGAAACUAUCGAAAUACAAAUAUAGUUUAGCGUUGUACGAAAAUCGUGUGGAAAUUGUGUCAUUCACGGAUGCAUGCGAUAUUGAGAAGAUAUACAAACGAAUCGCUACUAUUAUAGCACCGCGAGUGCUAUCAUGUCUCCGCUAUCACCACACCUAUUAUUACUGAUACUGCUUUGUGCUCACACUAUGACAUAAGCUAAAAUAGAGAACAAUUAAUAUAUUGUUAUACAGAA